AUGACAGAGGACAGCGGCGACAACGGUGCCCAAGCCAUCGACGCGCUGCUAUCCAGGUCCCUCUUCCUCAUUAGCGACGGUGGCAACGAUAUGUUUGACUUCUUCCUGAAGAAACGGUCGCCUUUUGAGGUACCGGCCUUCUACAAGGACCUUCUGUCCAACUACACCAAGUAUGUGAAGACGCUGUACGGGCUCGGGGCGCGGCGUUUCGGUGUCAUCAACGUGGCUCCCAUCGGCUGCGCGCCGGCGGCGCGGGCGAGAUCCCCGUUCGGCGACGGCUACUGCGAAUUUUUUUCCAAUAAACUCGCCAGGGACUUCGACAGCGCCUUGGGCGACGCGAUGGCGAACCUCGCCGCGUCGCUGCCCGGGAUGAAGUACUCCGUGGGGAGCCCCUACCAGCUGGUGGAAUACUACACCGCGCACCCGGAGGCCGCCGGGUUCAAGGUUGUGAACAGCGCGUGCUGCGGCGGCGGGAAGCUCAACGCGGAGACCCUCUGUGGCUCCCCCAAUACCACCUACUGCGCCCACCGCGACGAGCACAUGUUCUGGGACAUGAUGCACGGCACCCAGGCCACCUGGAUCAAGGGCGCCGCGGACAUCUACGACGCGCCGGUGGAGCGAGGAUUCACGUCACCCAUCAAUUUCAAGCAGCUGCUUCUUGAUGACGAACGCGCAGUGUCAGCUGCUAAUUUGCUUGUGAGUGUGUGA